AUUUUAUUUUUUUUUUUUUUUUUUUUUUUUAUUUCAUAGCAAACGGAAUGGUAAUUUCGUGCGGAUCGCCCCAUUGAAGUCGCACCUUUGAAGAAGACCAACUGAUCAACAAAGAGAGAGAACCCGUCUAUUGCGUUGAAAACAUUUUUGUUUGUCUCGUAACUUCGUAAGCUCUCUGAUCGUCUGUGCGAACAAAAGAAAUCGGUAAUGGAGAAGAUGGGUAAGAGGUUCCAAGGGAAGGUGGCGAUCGUUACGGCGUCGACAAUGGGUAUCGGUUAUGGUAUAGCAGAGCGACUCGGGCUGGAAGGAGCAUCUGUCGUCAUCUCUUCUCGCAAACAGAAAAACGUGGAUGAGGCCGCUGAAAAGCUCAGGGCUCGAGGAAUUGAAGUGUUGGGGGUCGUUUGUCAUGUAUCGAAUGAACAGCAUAGGAAGCAGCUCAUAGAUCAAACUAUUCAGAAAUAUGGGAGAAUCGAUGUAGUUGUAUCCAAUGCUGCUGCAAAUCCCUCUGUUGAUGCUAUCUUGGAAACUAAAGAAUCUGCCCUCGAUAAGCUAUGGGAGAUCAAUGUCAAGGCUGCUAUACUUAUCCUAAAGGAUGCUGCACCUCAUAUGCAAAAGGGAUCAUCAGUUGUUCUUAUUUCUUCUAUUGCUGGCUAUCAACCGCAGGGAUCAAUGGCCAUGUAUGGGGUGACCAAAACGGCUCUUCUUGGGCUUACCAAGGUAGCUCUUGCAUCUGAGAUGGCCCCAAAUACUCGAGUCAAUUGUGUUGCUCCUGGAUUUGUACCUACACAUUUUGCUAGUUAUAUCACUAGUAACAAAGCUAUUAGGGGUGCCAUCGAGGAGAGGACGUUACUUAACAGGCUUGGUACCACUGAAGACAUGGCUGCAGCUACAGCUUUCUUGGCAUCUGAUGAUGCUUCUUACAUAACAGGAGAAACUUUAGUGGUAGCUGGGGGAACUCCUUCAAGACUCUGACUUUUCACUUGUCCGUCCUUCGUUUUUUUUCCCUCCUAAAUUCUUACAAUGCACUUAAGCUUCUGUUAGUAGCCUGUCCUUACAAGAGAUUUAUGCCAUGCACUACCUCAGCUCAAUAAAUUUUCAGGGAUAUUAUUGUUUGUAAUUUUGGUUCUUAUCCUUCCUUCAUUGCCAUAAGGUUGGCUUUGGUCACCAACUAUGCAAAUCCAGAACUGCAUUGUAAGUUUGACUGCAGUAAUGCAAAUCAAACAUGUGCUUUAAAAAUUUUUAGGGAAAUGGCAUUGGAGUGAAUAUUCUAGUGUAGAAAUAAAGCAUUGAUAUUCUAUUAAUGAACAUUGGCACUGGCAAAUGGCAAUACAAAA